UUGAGUAGUAUCAAGACUAUACAUACCUGCAGAGACAAGCAGGGGAGGUGUGGACUUUUGUCAUAGUUUCUUCAUACGGCUAUUAGUUGGGGUGCGUACCUGUGAAAUGCUGUGCAAACAUGUCAGCAAUAACAUCAACUAUGUUCCGAGGUCUUGUGGUCAUGGCCGUUGUUAUGACAGGUCUGGCAGACGACCCAAUUGUGAAUACAACGCACGGGCAGAUCCAAGGUCUCACAAAGGUCAUUCUCAAUAAGACAGUCAACACUUUCUAUGGAAUUCCUUUCGCCAAGCCACCGGUGGGUAAUUUACGUUUCAAACGACCAAAAAUGUUACCUGCAUGGGGAGAAAACAUGAUGGAUGCAAGAAUUCCUAAAAACUCGUGCAUGCAGUUGGGUAGAAGCAACACUACUUGGUUAAGAUCUGAUGCCCAAAACAGUAGCGAAGACUGUCUGUACAUUAAUAUUUGGGCUCCAGCUAACAGCUCAGAAAGUCUGACCACCCUUGUGUGGUUGUACGGAGGUGCCUUUGUCAGGGGGACUAUCAACUUCCCGCUUUAUCACGGACACUAUCUGGCUGCAGCUAAUAACGUCAUAGUAGUGACUAUCAAUUAUCGUCUGGGUGUUUUUGGAUUCUUCUACACCGGAAAUGACGCUGCGCCAGGUAACCAAGGCAUGCUAGACCAGGUGUUAGGUCUAAAGUGGAUUCACGACAAUAUAGACAGAUUUGGAGGAGAUCCAAAAAGGAUCACUCUGUUCGGCGAGAGUGCUGGAGCAGCUUCGAUUAACUAUCAUCUACUUUCACCUCUGUCCCGGGACCUCUUUCAGUUCGCCAUCCUACAGAGUGGAACAGCUGAAGCCAAAUGGGCAUCCGUAGAUGAGUCCUCUGUGAAAGCCACAUCUACAGGCUUAGCAAAACGGUUAGGAUGCCCUGCUAUUGAUCAACCAUCCAUGAUGCGGUGCAUGUUGAAAACUGAUGCUCAGAAGAUUGUCAACAACCACCUGUACUCGUUGAGAUUAUCAAACCCUGCUCCAUGGGCGCCAAUUGUUGACGGCUACUUCCUACCAUCGCAUCCAGAAGAGAUGCUUCAGAAGGGAGACGUGAAAAACACGAGUAUCAUAAUAGGUGUGAAUAAAGAUGAAGGAGCACUGUACAUUCGCGGCCUCUUCAACAGAACCGGAUUCGUGGCGGCUGCCAACGCUACAGCAAAAUUAUACGGAGACAUCUCCAUCGUCCCGGCUAUUGUGAACGAGUACGAACUGUCCACAGUGCCAUCGCUUCGUCCGAUUUACUACACUCUCACAGAAAACCUGUUUAGUGAUUUUGCUUUUAAGUGUCCAGCGACAUCCUUUGCAAACACGUAUUCCGCGAUGGGCAACAAGGUGUUUAUGUAUAACCUGGAACACAGGUCUGCUCUGUGUCCUUUCCCUGAAAACAUGGGUGUGGUUCAUAGCUGUGACCUGGAACUGGUGUUUGGGCAUCCGUUGGACAACAGUCUGACGUUCACCAAUGACGAUAAGAGGAUCAGUGAACAAAUCACGCAUUACUGGACUAGCUUUGCGAAAACAGGUGAUCCAAAUAAUGGACAAAACCAGACAAUUUGGCCCGUGUACGACAAUAAUGAAAUGAAGCACAUUGUUCUGGACAAAACCAUCUCAACUGGACAGGGUCUACGUUAUAGAGAAUGCAUGUUUUGGGAGAAGACCGUAAAGCUACUGACGAAAACCAAAGCCACCAGUGAGCGUUGUGUUACGAACCGUGCGGAACCAGUAAAAGGAAGCAUUCCAGUCCUGUGUAUCCUGUUUGGGCUUUUGUUUGCUGUAAAAACGCCUUGUCAUUUGUAGGAUAUCAAGCAGCCGUGACGUAAAUCCAUUGUUCUCUUGUAAACCACCCAUGCCACAUGUGUCGGAAUAUGGAGCGGGUAUCGUAUGUUGAUUUGUGUGUGUCAUUUGUUCAUGUGUAGCUCGAGUGUCCUGUAGCUCUGCUGAUUUUAUGUAAGGCUAUGGCUAGUGCGUACGUGGUGCUAAAAAAAACUAUCAAUGUUGAAGAUCAGACUACUAAGCUAAUUUUAAGUGAAAAAGCUAAAGUUUGUUUUGUUUAACAAUCACCACUAGAACACUUUGAUUUAUUCAUCAUUUGCUAGUGGGUGUCAGACACUUGGUAGCUUUGACAAAGACAUAUAGUCUUAGAGAGGAAACUCGCUACUUCUUUUUCCAUUAUUAGCAAAUUAUAUUUUAUAUGCACCAUGUCACAGACCAGUUGUGGUGCACUGGGCUAUUUCUCGUUCUAGCCAAUGCA